AUGGGAACAGACGUACUCCUCCAAUUAGCCCUCGUACUACUAACCCUAGCAAUCUUCUUCACCGUUCACACCUUACCCAAAAAGGCCCUAACCAAACUCCGAUCGAAAAACCGAACCACCGCCCAAUCGAACCGCCACUUCUUCAACGGGGCUCAGCUCCUCUCCAGAGCUCGAUCCGCCAAAAACAAAACCACCUCUCUCAACCUCGCCAAAUCCGCCGCCUCCGAGGCCGACAAGGCCCUAACCCUAGACCCAAGCGACGCCGCGGCCCACAUCCUAAAGGCCCUGGCGUUGGACCUGAUGGGCCGCAAGCCCUCCGCCCUCCGAUCGCUCGACGCCGCGCUCUCGCCCGCGUUGGCCAGGACGCUGGCGGAGAGGGAGCGCGGCGACGCCCUGUUCAAGAGGGCGGAGAUUCUUUUGGCGGUGGGUAAGCGGAGGCGGGUGGACGCGGCGGUGGUGGAUUUGGUGGAGGCGGUGAGGCUGGGUGGAGGGGAGAAUGGGAAGGCGUAUUGUUUGUUGGGGCAGUGUUAUGAGAUGAAGGGGAUGAGGGAGGAGGCGAAGGCCGCGUUCGAGGCCGCGGUGGGGCUCGAGCCACCUGGCUCUGGCACGUGCCAGGCGGCUCGUCAAGGGUUGGGGCGUUUGGUGUAG